GUUCAUAUUACACACCCCUAGAUAUAAUUACCGCUAAGGGGAUGGAAAAUAUUAGAAGGUACAAAUAUCAAGACAUUAUAUAAUGACACUGACACUUUUCAGAAUCUGCAAAGCAUCCCAUACUUCACUGAAACAGCAAUAGUUCAUUACUGGACGACCACUACUGGAAGCAAUGGUGACAAAGAGAAGACUGAAAACUGUUGAAUGGAAUGUCAUGGAAAAAUUUCUUGUGUGUUCAUGAAAAUGAGCAAGAAAAAAGAACGUCAAUUAACAAGAAUAAGUGUUUGAUUAUUUUUAUUCUUGUUUAAUAAUAUUCCCAAUACAGUAAUUUUAUGGCACCAAAAGCCUUAAUAUAAUAAAAUAUUUACAUUUAGUUAUUAUUUACUUUUUACAGACAAGGAAUAUAAUAUUUUCAGUGAAGUGGAGUUCUAUACUAAUAUGCAAAGCAUAACUAAAUAUUUUUAAUUAAUUUGUCUGUAAAUUUACAUCAAAAAUAUAUUUGUUAUACAUAAAGUUCAUCAUAAAGCCAAGAAUUGAUUAUAGUGUAUAACUGGAAAAUUCUCAUGCUUGUUACUACUCCAAAAGCCAUGGAGUCACUUGGUGUGCCAAACAUUGACAGCAGCAGUGGUUACAUUCGCACCAUUGAAUGGGAUAUGAUGAACAAACAUAAGUUUUUCCCAUUGUCCAUGCUGAGCUCAUUCUCAGUAAGGUGCAUGCUGUAUCCUUUCACUCUCAUAAAGACUCGCAUCCAGAUCCAGAAACACUCUGAAGUUUACAAAGGGACCUUUGAUGCAUUCCAGAAAAUAGUGAAACAUGAAGGUGUGAGAGGUUUAUACAAAGGGUUUUGGAUGAGUGCCUUCCAGCUGGUGUCAGGGAUAUGCUACAUCACAACAUAUGAGAACGUCCGCCACUUCCUACAGCAGCGCGGAGUCAGAGAUUCACAAGUCAGGGCACUGGCUGGGGGUGCAUGUGCCUCCUUAGUUGGGCAAACCAUCAUAGUUCCCUUUGAUGUUAUAUCUCAACACAUGAUGGUGCUGGGACAAGUAGAGGGUCACGGAAGAUCAAAGGUGGUUGUAAACCCUCUUAAAAUUGACUAUCAUGGUCGCACGAAACCACAGGUUGCAUUUAACAUUAUACAGAAUGUUUACAAGAUGGAUGGCUUGAAAGGAUUUUACAGAGGUUACUUGGCCUCCAUUAGUGCCUAUGUGCCAAACUCAGCACUAUGGUGGUCGUUUUAUCACUUUUAUCAAGAUCAACUGGCUCGCAUCUCACCUGAAGGUACCUCCACCCUGCUUUUGCAGUGUAUAGCAGCUCCAUUAGGAGGUGUUACAACAGUAUUGCUCACAAAUCCUCUGGAUAUUGUGCGGGCUCGACUGCAGGGUGGAGGUUGGAAGACUGAAGCACAGAUGCAAGCCAAACACAAUAGGAAAAAGAUAGUAAUAUACCACAGCUUGCUGAGACACGCCAGGGUGAAAAUGCAGGCCUCCCAUUGCCUGCCCGAGUACAUACGCCAUUACUGA